UGAAAAUUCAAGAAAGUCCAAAGUUCAUAGCCUAAUGUCUGGUUAAUGUGUUUAUUUUCAUCUGAUAUGUGAAACAAAUUCUCUAAAACUAGUGAAGCAAAGCAAAAAAGCUAAACAAAAAAAAAGAAAGAAAAAAGAUUCAAAUAUGCAAUGAAUUAGAAAUUAGUUAUCUUCUUCAAACUAAUUCAGAGUAUUUCAAAAGUUAUUACAUUUAAGUGAAGAUUUCAUGCUCAGCGGACAGCGAGCAAAGGUGUAUUUAAGCCACAUAUUAAACUAAUCAACUAAGGAUACGAUGUCAGCUUUAAUGAAAGUUGCUAGAGUUAAUAAACUCUUUACUCCCAUCAUUGUACGUAGUGCUUCCGAUUCGGUUAAGUAUCCAAAGAUAACAACACAUUAUACAAUACAUCCGCGGGACAACGAUGAACGAUGGAAAGGUGUCAAUAUGGAACGGUUUAUAGACGAAGUAGAUGUGGUAAUUGUGGGCGGUGGACCUGCAGGAAUGUCCGCUGCUAUUCGUGCCAAACAAUUAGCUGCAGAGCAGCAAAAAGAAAUACGCGUAUGUGUAGUGGAAAAGGCAGCCGAAGUGGGCGGUCAUAUAUUGUCGGGUGCCGUAGUAGAUCCAGUAUCAAUUAAUGAAUUGUUUCCUAAUUGGAAAGAAAUGGGUGCUCCCUUAAAUACCCCAGUGACAAAGGAUUCUUUUUCAUACCUAACUGAUGCUGGACGUAUAUCAAUACCUAUAUUUAAAGGGUGGCCUAUGGAUAAUCAUGGCAACUACGUGGUACGUUUAGGCCAUUUGGUUAAGUGGUUGGGCGAACAAGCCGAAGCUUUGGGGGUUGAAAUCUAUCCAGGUUGUGCUGCCGCAGAGGUUCUCUUCCAUAAAGAUGGCAGUGUUAAGGGUGUAGCCACGAAUGAUGUGGGCAUAGCCAAGGACGGUUCACCAAAAGAUACCUUUGCGCGAGGAAUGGAGUUACAUGCUAAAACUACCAUAUUUGCGGAGGGAUGUCGCGGCCAUUUAACUAAACAAAUUAUGCGACAAUUUAAUUUGAACGAAGGCAGCCAACACCAAACGUAUGGCAUAGGAUUAAAAGAAGUUUGGGAGAUACAACCGGAAAAACAUCAACCUGGUUUAGUGGAGCACACAAUAGGUUGGCCUUUGGAUAAAUCAACCUACGGUGGUUCGUUUCUGUAUCACCUCAACGAACCAACGCCUACUAUAGCCGUAGGUUUUGUGGUUGGAUUGGACUAUCAGAAUCCAUGGCUUAGUCCAUUCCAAGAAUUCCAACGCUUUAAAACGCAUCCUAAAGUACGAGAAGUAUUCGAAGGCGCCAACCGUAUAGCUUAUGGAGCCAGAGCUAUUAAUGAGGGCGGCUUUCAAAGUUUGCCCUCGAAGUUAACUUUCCCAGGGGGCUGUUUGGUGGGCUGCAGUGCCGGUUUUCUAAAUGUACCUAAAAUCAAAGGUUCUCACUAUGCUAUGAAGAGCGGUAUGUUGGCUGCUGAAAGUGCUUUGGAAUCUAUAAUGGGGGAAAAACAAGAAACUACCGGUUAUGAACCGAAAUCUUAUCCAGACAAGAUUAAAAACUCAUUCAUAUGGAAGGAUUUAUAUAAAGUGCGGAACGUGCGGCCGUCUUUCCACAAUCCUUUAGGCCUAUAUGGCGGUAUGAUGUUAAGUGGCAUCUCAAUAAUCUUGGGUGGCCGUGAACCUUGGACAUUAAAGCACGCCGGUCUCGAUAAUCAGUCUCUAAAACUUGCUAGUCAAUGCCCGCAAAUCGUUUAUCCCAAACCAGAUAACAAAAUUUCUUUUGAUCUUUUGUCUUCGGUCGCUUUAACUGGCACGAAUCAUGAAGGUGACCAACCUGCACAUCUCACUCUUCAUAGCGAUCGCACGCCAAUAGACCAUAAUUGGGCCUUGUACGAAGGACCUGAACAACGUUUUUGUCCCGCGGGAGUUUACGAAUAUGUGCCGAACGAUGAGGGCGGCAAUAUGAAAUUACAGAUAAAUGCUCAAAAUUGCAUCCAUUAUUGUAAAAAAUAA